AUGGAUGAACUAAUAGAUUUUUGGGGUUGUGAGUUUAUUAUUAUUCUUCAUUUUUAGCUUUUUUUCACUCUCUCCCUCCCUCUCAAUUUUUUUUAUUUUUCCAUAUUUUAUUGUCCGUUUGUUCACUAUUAUUUACUUGACUAAAUGGUGUUUUCGUGCGUUCCCAGGAAAUAUGAAAAAAUUCUUUUCAAAAAUUUUCAAGCCUACUUUUUUUUCGAUUUAUUACAGACAUUCCUUUCCUCAAUUUUCUAGUUUUAUUUUGAGAUUCUAAAUAAAUUUCAAAAAAAAAAGAUCAAUCUUGAUUUUGAUUCUCACUCAGUCUGUUUUGAUUACUAAAAAAUUUUAUUGCAAAAAACACAUGGCGAACUUUUUUCAUGGUUAGAACAUUUUUUUUUGCUGAAAAAUGAAAAAAUUGAUCGAAUUUUUGAUGUGUGUGUUUUUUCGCGUUCGUUUCGUUAAAAAUGAAUGCAUUUGAAAGUUGAAAUGUGCAAUUUCAAAAUGUUGAAUAACACGCGAAGAACAAAAAUAUAUUUUAUUUGUUUGUUUUUUUGAUCUCUCUUUUUGUUUGUACAAAAUCUGUAAAUUCUGAAUUCUCGUUGUUUUUCUUUUUUUUCAAGAGCUGAUAUGAUAUUUUCUAAAUAUUUACCUAAAAUAUUAUGACUUUUGUAAAACACUUCAUUUUUGAAAAUAUUAUUUUCAGUUGUGCAAUUGACAACUCCUUGUUCCUAUUUUCUACCACCACAGAAAGGACUUUCUUUAUUCGUUCUGUUUUUUUUUUCGUUGCUUCAUUCGUUGUUAUCUUCUUUCUUUGGUUGAAGGAAAAAAAACAACAAAUCUAGAGCAAUUUAGAAGAAAAAAAAAGAACGAAUAAAAACAAGAGAAAAAACGGUGUCUACUUUUAAGAAUCUUUUUAAAACAUUUUGUUGUUGUCCUAACUAACAAUUUUUUCGGAAGAAUCACAUUACAUUUUGUCAAUUCUUGUUUCUUUUUUAAGCACUGGGCGAGGCUUUGGGAUCAACUUUCAUUAUUCUUGAUUUAGUUGAACUCACAGAUGGUUUUGUGAAAUUGACGUAAGAAUGGAUUUGGUAGAGUGAUCUUUGGAACAUUGGAUGAAUUUUAGCACUAUCAUGAAAAUUAUGGUUUAGCUCAAAUUUUCUAACAACGAAAUCAUACUUGAAAUGUUCGGAUGUAGAAUCCAAAAACCAGCUCUGCUCUGAUAAUACCGAUUCUUCAGAAUAUUAACUCAUUAAUGUAAUUUCAGAAAAUUAAUUGAUCUCAAUUUCAAUUUCCAAUCAUAAUGAUGUGAAAUCUCAAAAAUUCCAAAAAAAAAUCCCAAUGUUUUUGCUCUUAAAAUUCUUCUCUCUCUUUUUUUCAAAUGUGUGAACACUUAUCACUUUGUGAAUUCUCUUGAGAAAAUCUCAACAAAACAUAUUUUUGCCAUGAAGGCAAAGUACGCAAAAAAAACGAAACGCUCAAAUUUCAAUCUGUUGCAAUAUAUCCCGCGUGUGGGAAAAUUGUGUGGUAGGACAAAAGAUUGCGGCAAAAAAAAACACAUUAUUCCGCUUCCUUGAAGUUUUGUAGAUUUCACCGAUCCAUGAAAUUUAUUUCAAUUUUAUUUUCAUUUUGAAACAAUAGAGAAAAUCAUCGCAUAUUCUUUUGUAGAAUUUUUAUUCCAUGUUCCGGAAAUUCGAGAUUUUUUUCAUUUUCGUCAAAAUGAUAUUCAUUUUGUUUCCCCUUCUCUAAAAUAAGAAAAAAAGAAACAGUAAACUUCUCAUUCAUUUAUUCAUUCAUAAAAUAUCAUUCAUUCCUUUCUUCUUUUUUUGUUGGUGGAAAUCGAGUGCACUUUUUUUUUUCAAUAGCGUUGCCAAGGUGUUCAAAAAAUAUUUUUUUAUGAAUAAAUAUAUAUUUUUCUCUAAUUUUUGCUCUAACCAACAAAAAUGAAAUAAAAGAAAAAAGAAAAAGAAACAUAUGUUAAACUGGGAAAAAGUUCCGUUUUUUAGUGUAAGUAAGUAUUUUACAUCGUCUUGACCGAAACAACUGUUGUCUUACUUUGCUUUUAUUUUUGCACCUGAUUUAUUAUUCAUAUCAACGAUUUUUUCGUCCGUUUUUUUUUCUUCCUUCUGGGUUACAAUUUGAGCCCUUCUCAAAGUUUCACAUGAGCUUUGAGAUUUUUCAAGAAACAAAAAAAGGGAGUGGUCGUCAUCCGGCAGAUAAUAUUACACUUCUCCAAUUUUUUUCAUUGAGAGAUUCGCCCCAAAAGUUUUUUUUGUUGCACCGGAAAUCUAUCUUUUUUCUCUUGUUCUUCUACAUCUACAUAUUUUUUGUGCUCUGAAAUUUAAUAGAUUUUUUUCAGACAAAAAAUCCAACUUCAAUCGGAUUUUCGAACAGGACAAGACAAUUUUCAAGGUUAGUGUUUUUUUUUUUGCUGAAAAGGACACGCUUUGAAAAUAGCUGAAACAUGAUUGAAAAACUUUUUUUUCUCUGAAGCUUCUUAAUUUUUGGACGAAUCGUAGAACAGAUCUCAAGAAAAGUCAUUUCAAAUCCUUACAAAAUUAUAGUUUCCUGAACUACCAUAUGAUCUCGUUUCUCUUUCCAAGUGAAUGUGAGCCAAAAAAAAAGCAACACAAAAAAAAGUUUAAUCGAAUUUCGCCUCCCCCAAAAAUGUAUGUGAUUAUCCUAAAAGAAGGAGAAGAUGUUGGGCACAGACAUGACCUUUCACCGGAUGUACUGAAACACCCUUGUUUGUCCAUCUUUUUAUGUAUACAUUCAUGCAAAUCUGUUUUUCUCACAAACAAAAUCUUCUUUUCAUUCCAAGAUUAAUUUUUCUUGAUCUUGCUUCAGGCAAGUUCAAAGAAAACGUUUUUUCUUUACUUUUCCAUCAAAAAAAAUCUUCGCAGACAUUGUUUUUUACUUCCAAAAAAUAUAGAUCCACCCUCGCCUCUAUUCAUUCACUUAAAGAAUACACCACACCACCUUCUUUAUUUUGUCUAUCUGAAGCGAAAGAAAAAUGAAUUUCUUUUGAAAUUCUGUAUUCACAGUGUUUUUUUGUCUUCUAUUUUUUCAAAGAAAAAAUCAUAUGAAAUUUGCCCGGUCAGUUUUCAUAUGAUACUUUCCCACAAGUCUCUUUCUCAUUUGUUUGAUCAAUUUUCGUCAUGUUUUUUUUGGGAAAUCUUGGAGUAGAAAGUAGUGAGAGGAAAAUCAAUUUUUUGAGAAGCCAUAUAUAAAUUGGAAAUUAUUUUCAGAAAUUUCAAGAAAUUCAAGGAACACUUUUUAUUCUUCAAAAACCUCAGGGUUCAGUUCUAAUGUGAGAAAUUUUAGGUGCAAGGCACUAUUUUGAAAAAAAUUUAGUUUCCCGAGGGUCUCAAAAUUCUGAACCAAUUAUUCAUAUGGAAACCAGAAAUUAUUUUUAGAAAUUUUUGAAAAUUUCGAAAUUCGUCAUUUUUUAGAUGGAAAUUGUAGGGUUCAGAACUAGAUUAUUCACAACAUAGGCGGUUAUCCGAAAAACUAAAUUCUGACCACAGUCUAAAAUUAUCUCGGGCUAAUUUCUGAAUGUGAAAAAAUAAUUUUAUAAUUAGGUUCUUUCAAAAACUGGAAAUGGAUACAUUUGUUUCAAAAAAAAAUCCUCGACAGUUUUUUACAAAAGAAAAUUUGAAAAAUCAAAGAAAAUCUUCAUCCUAAUUUUUCUGUUAGAAGCAUAUUUUGUAAUAAAAAACAUCAAAAACAUAUUUUUCCUAGGCAGAAAAAUGUCGAAAAAACAAAAUAUACAGUUCACUAUUUUCGAGUGGAGACAACACAAAAUUGAGAGAGCGCAGACAGACAAAUUGAUUUUUCGCACAAAAAAUACAAGAAACUAUUUUUCUCUGUCUGCGCUCUCUCAGUUGUCUACACUCGAAAAUAGUAAACUGUAUAUUUUGUUUUUUCGACGUUUUCUGCAUAGGAAAAUUAUGUUUUUUAUUUCAAAAUAUUAUUUUGCAUAGGCCCAUUAUCUUUGAUUUGAUUUUUUAGAUUAUCAGAAGUUGUUUCAACCCACCAUUGUCUAAAAAAUUUUCAAGAUUUCAAAUAAUUUUUUUCUGAUGAUCUUCCGGUUAUAUUUUUCUCAAACAACAAAAAUUCAACUCUCUCCCCCGUUCCAUGAAUAUUUGAAGUUUGAUAAAUUCCAAAAACUGCCUCAUUUUUUCAUCUGCAAAAAAAGGAAAUAAUUUAUUAUGUUGUCAUAGAAGAACGCAUCUCGUUUUUUUUUUCUUUUUUUCGUAUUUCAUUGAAUUCAAAUCAACAAGCUUGUCUCAUCAAAAAAGUUGUAUUUAUGCAUGUUUUUGAACAUGACUGAGCUCAGCUCUUUUCACUCAAUUUCACUAGUAAAACAAAUGUUUUUUGGCUUUUCAACAAUUAAAAUGAGACUAGAACAAAAAUGACUUUUUGGUGUCUUUUGUGCUUUCAAUUUUUCCUUUGUUCAGGAACAUUUUGGGGGGAGAACAAAAAAAAAGAACUUGAUGGAUUUGAAGAUUUUGUGGGGUGCAUCACGCUACCAAUGAAGACAUUAGUAGUAGUAAGAGUAGAAAAGGCGAGCAGAAGGGACCGGAGAAAAAGGAGCUCGUUAAUUUUUUUGUUUUUUUUUGUCGUUGCUCUGCCGGACGGACUCAUUUUUUCUUUCAAUUUUUGGUUGUGAGAUGCUCACCGCCCGCUCAGAGUCGAUCUUAAAUUAUAUGGGCCGGGGAGGUCGUCUGCUCUAUUUAGAUUUUUUUUUUGAGAGGAAACACCAAUUUUCGUAUUACCAUGUGUAAUAGGCAGAAUAUUCGUGGCUUGAGUGAUUUUUUUUGAGAUUGCGUAGGCGGCAGUUUUUAGAAGCUCAUUUUUCAAACACUUCUUUUUGACGUAGAAAAUGGAGGGGUUAAAAAAAUGAAAAUGACUUGAUAUUUUAAUACUAGACAUUUCUAGAGACCUUUUUACUGUAAAAAUUCAAAUUGAAAAUUCAUAAAGUUUUUUAUCAAUCAAUAAAUGCAAUCUCAUUUCAACUAUGCUGUUCUGAUUUUGAUUUUCUUCCAUUUUUUCUAGCAAUAGACCCUAAGUUUCAAGAAUUCUUUCUCAAAAAUGAUAUUUUGGUCUCAUUGAACCAUUAAUCGCUGAAGUCUCUAAACUGCUCAUCAAUUUUAUAAGAUAUUUUGACAACAGUUUUCUAAAAUUGAAAUUUAUAAAUUCACAACAUCUGUCUACUUUGAACUCUUCUAGCAAAGUUUUCUAGACCCUUCAAUUAUCCUCCAAGUCCUUCCCACUUAUCAAUUUUUCUCACGAGUUAUGUUUUUCUCAUUCAUUCAUUCACUUAUCACAAUAUUUUUUUGCUCAAUUCUUCCACCAAAUUGUUUUGAUUUCGAUUCAAACCAUAUGUUUGAUUGACUAAAAAUCGUAUGUUACAUAUAAUGAAAAAUAAAAAUAAUCAACAUCGGAUUAACAAAUUUUUCUCAUCCAUACGUCUCUUCCAAUUUAAUCCAUAACAUAACAGCAGCAAACAUGUUUUGAUUGAUGAAUUAUUUUUAUUUUUUGAUAAUCUUCAGUUUUUUUUUUUCGUUUGCUCCGAUUCUUGAAUAUUAUGAAAAUAUCUCGCUUCUCAAAAAAGCUCCCAACCAACCAACCAACCAAACGAAAUCGUCUAAUUUCUUCCGCUUCUGGUUUUUCAUACACACAAUUUCUUUUUUCUUUCCUUUCCACACUUUUUUUAUCCAAAUAUUUUGAAACAAGGAUUUUUUCAUGCUCUUUGAUUUUUGUUGCGUCACAUCAGAAUAUAAUCUAAUCUUGUUAACUUAUUUUUGUUACUAUUUCAAGUACCCAAAGAUAUGUAAAUCCUGAUAAUAUUGAAAAAAUCUAGAUUUUUGCAGAUUACAAUUACAUUCAUUAUUGUGCCUCUGAAUGCAAAACCACCACUUUGAUCCAGUCACUUGAAAAUGCUGCGACAGCCGGUUCCUGAACUGCGCAGUUUCCAGUCGCUAUCUAAAUAUGCUGGGGGUCCAAGAUCGGUUUUAGGCCGACGAACAUCGGCGGUUAGCAGUUUGAAUCGACGACAAUCACAAACAACAAAAAGAUAUGAUGAUCUUGAGGUAGGUUGUUGCUAUGGAUGAUAUUUUAUCAGGGGGGGGGGGAUUUUACUAGCUACUAUUGUUAGAAAAUUUAUUUUUAGUAGACGUAAGCAAUAUUUUAGUAGGGUUUUGAGUUGUAAUUUUCAAUUUUUCAAAAAAUCUCUACCUGUUUCUAUUCAAAAUUUGAUGAAGAUUUCUAUAUUUUAAUAAUGAACAUAUGAUUUUUGAUUCCAAUAUACAUAAUUUUCUCUCAAAAUCACAGCCCAAUAUUUUUUAAAUAUGAAACUGUGAAGUACAUUUUCCUAAAUUUCAAAUUGUAUUGAUUUUUGAAAACCCGGAAGUUGUGUGGAAUUUUCGAAAUUCUCCCGAAACUUUUUGAAAAUUCUUCAAAAAAUUUAGUAGAUCAGAGAUUUUGCAACGUUUGCAUUGAAAUACAGUAAUCCUUGUUUUUCACAUUAUUUUUAUUUUUUUUUGUUGAAAAAAUUGAAUUUUGAAUAGCACAUCAAAUUUUUAUCUUAUUGUGAUUCAAUAUUUCUCACGAGUGCAAUUCGAAAAAACAACGAAUGGGAAAAAUAAUUGUUUGUUUCUUCCAAAACCAAUCACACGUACUCCAAUUCGAAAAAAAGAGCUACAUAAAUAGGUUGGAGCAUAUAUUUAUUAGAAUUGCGAGUGUGUUUUCCCACACAAAUCUAAAAAUUUCAACAGGCAGAAGAACAAAAAUCCGUACUUAUGCGCAUGUUAAACGAUUCUUUUUUUCGCCUCUCCUCACAUACUCACAUUUUUUUCAGAGUUAUGAAAUCUCAAUCUUCUUAUUUUAUUUUAGUUCUGAAAAAAAAUGAAUGCAUAAUUUUUGAAUGAAAAUGAAUGUAUAUUUUAUUUUUUUUUCUUGUUAGAUAUUUCAAGAAGCACUUGUGUUCAUUCUUCUCAUUUUCCUCUAUUUUUCUCAAAAAAAAUUAGAAGAAAAAUCCAGAAAAAAACGAUUUUUUCUAACCAUUUUUGUAACUACAAAUGAUAUUUUUCAUCUCACUUUACAAUUAGUACUAAAUUUAUUCUUCUCUUUUCUUUCAGGCAUUGGGCUCAAUUGAAGGCUCCAAAGAAACUCUGCAGCUCUCAGAACACGGACGUGUAAGUUGACUUUCAAUUUCAAAUUUUGAAUAAUAAACUAAUCCAUAAAAUAUUUUCAGCUGGCCUCCUCGUCGGAGGCCUCGCCAUCUCGAUGGGAUAGUCGACCACAAAUUGAGUGGGCACCAGAAGAAGAACACAUUGAGGAGCCUGGUUCUGAUCUACCGUAUCCGGGGUGAGUUUGAAUUGCUAAAAAAAAUAAUGAGAUGGAAAGGGGGUGUUAUAAAUAGAUGAUGUCAUUGAAAGGAAGAGUCUAGUGAUUUUUGAUGAGUUUGCUUUGAAUUUUAGAAUGUUCGGAUAUUAGAUGUGAUUUUUGGAAGGUCGUGAAAUUUCCAGGGGAAAAUUAGAUUUAUCGAAUAAAAUGGAAUUGUUGUUUCUGAAAUUACAUUUCAGAUAAUAAAAAUUUUAGAAAUCUGAUUCCAGAUCCUAAUUUUUUUGUCCAAUUUUACAAAGUCUCUCCGCUGUGAUAGAAAAUAUUUCCGGAAGUUUCCAGUAUUCAAAAAAAUAAUUUUUUUUCCAGAACACACUCUUAAAAUAUGUGUGAACAAAAAUUUAUUAUCCAGAAAAAAUGAAAUUAUUCCGGAAUAAAUUUCACAAUUUUCUCGGAAUAAUUUCCAACUAAUCUUUGAUUUUCUGAUCUAUUUUUACCUAACAUCAACAAUUUGUAGAAAAACACAAAAUCAAAAAAAACAUUUUUGUAGAUUUGCCGAGCCAGCUUUACGAUGUUUAUAUCAAGCAAGACCGCCAAGAAAAUGGGCCUUAAAAAUGGUAAUGAGUCCGUGGUUUGAUCGGAUAACAAUGGCUGUGAUUAUGAUUAAUUGUAUUACACUGGGUUGGUUUUAUUUUUCAUUAUUAUCUUUGAAUCAUAAAAAAAACAAUUUUUCAAUUUUUUUCAGGGAUGUACCGACCGUGUAUAGAUUCAGAUAGCUGUGAUGCUCGUUGUCAAACAUUGGCUGUUAUUGACAAUUGCAUAUUCGUCUAUUUUGUGAUCGAAAUGGUGAUAAAAGUGGUUGCACUAGGUUUCACUGGUCCAUCCGCUUAUCUAUCAGACACUUGGAAUCGCCUUGAUUUCUUCAUCGUUCUUGCCGGUCUCGCUGAAUUUGUGUUACAUGAAUAUUUGGGUGGCAAUAUUAAUUUGACUGCGAUUCGAACGGUUCGAGUUUUGCGACCACUUCGUGCGGUUAAUCGGAUACCUUCGAUGAGGAUUCUUGUUAAUUUGUUACUCGACACAUUGCCAAUGUUGGGAAAUGUGCUGCUUUUAUGUUUUUUCGUGUUUUUCAUUUUUGGUAUUGUUGGUGUUCAAUUAUGGGCGGGUUUGUUGCGGUAAGUUUCUGAACUGUAGGGUAAAUGUACAUUUAUUAGCUUCUAGAAAUCGAUGUGCCUUCAAACUUCCGUAUCUCCAAUUAACAACUGAACAAAACGUGCAUCUAAGCGCUUCAAAAUUCACACAAUUCUACAUACCAGAAGACACGUCAUUAGAAUACAUUUGUAGUCGGGAAGAAGCCAACGGGUUACACAGUUGUAAAGAUUUGCCGCCAUACACAUUGAAUGGUAUCAAAUGCAAUUUGACGCUUGAUGAAAUUGACAAAAUCACUAAUGAGUCUUGUAUUAAUUGGAAUAUUUAUUACAGCGAAUGUCAGGUUAGUUGAACUCUUCUCAUUUCAAUGUACUUCAUUUUCCAAAUAUUUUUAAUUUCAGGUUAUGCAACGAAAUCCAUUCCAAGGUUCAGUUUCUUUUGAUAAUAUCGGUUUUGCAUGGGUCGCUAUUUUUCUGGUAAUCAAUUAAAUUUCAAAAUAAUCUUGAAAAAUCGCAUUUUUAUUUCUAGGUCAUAUCGUUAGAAGGUUGGACUGAUAUUAUGUAUUAUGUUCAAGAUGCUCACUCAUUUUGGAAUUGGAUUUAUUUUGUUCUUCUCAUUGUUGUAAGUAACACAAAAUUUGAAUUUAUUUUGAAAAUUUGUUGUAAAAAAAUUAAUUUUUUCAGAUUGGUGCAUUUUUCAUGAUCAAUCUAUGUCUUGUCGUAAUUGCCACGCAGUUUGCCGAAACAAAACGUCGUGAAACUGAAAGAAUGUUACAAGAACGGAAACGUUUACAAAAUCGAGACUCCAUAUGUAUGUUGCACUUUUUCUUCAACUUUUUCUCACAUUUUCUAUUUUUAGCAUGUACUGGUAGUGAAAUGGGCGGAGCAUCAUCAAAAGAAGAAGGCGGAGAUACGGUAUAUGCGGCAAUUGUGCGAUUUAUUGGACACACAUUUCGAAGAUCAAAACGAGCUGCCAAACGAGUAAGAACGAAAAAAAAUGAAAAAAUAAUGUGUAUUUUUUUUCUAGAAAUAUAAUGCUUAUAUGGAACAAAGAAAGGAAAGGAAGAGUAUGGAAAAAAAUGAGAGGAGGAAAAGUAAACUAGACAAUCUGGCAACAUUGUCAAGGAUCGAGGAGAAAGCUGAGGAUGAAGAGGGUUGGUUUUGAAACAUCUAAAGAUUUAAUGAAUUUUGAGCUAAGCCUUACCCAAGAUCUAAAUUGAGUUGUCUACUGACAAAAAUUAAUUUUAAUUUUUUAAAAAAGAGAUCCGGAAAAGUCAGAAGUCAAUAUACUUUUCAGAAGAGCCGAAAAAUGAUGAGAUCACUGAAAUCAAUAAAAAUGAGAUGGACGAUGAAACCCAUACGAUAUCCCGAAAUAACUCACAGCAUUCAAGAGUCAAGCGAGUCAAAAUUGAUGAUGAACCACAAAUCAAAAUUUCUAAUGGAAAUGGUUCACAUUAUACAAAAGCAUCGGUUGAUGAUACAUCGGAUUCCAGUGAUGAAAGUGAUAAUGAGCAAGAAGAUGAUGAUUGGGAAAAUAAUGGAGUUGUUGUUGCAAAACGAAAAAAGUCAAAGUGGCGAUGGUUUCGUGACAAGAUUCGGAGAUUUGUUGUUUGCGAUCAUUUUACAAGAGGCAUUUUGGUGGCAAUUUUGGUGAACACAUUGAGUAUGGGAGUGGAAUAUCAUCAACAGGUGAGCAAAUCAUCGGGCUAUAAUAAAAAAAAAGUUUUUAUCAAAAAAUAUUUUUCAGCCCGACGUUCUUACAACAAUUCUGGAAUACUCAAACAUCUUUUUCACCGCUCUAUUCGCUUUUGAAAUGAUUUUGAAAAUCAUCGCAAGUGGUUUCUUCGGAUAUCUUUCCGAUGGUUUCAAUCUUUUCGAUGGUGGAAUUGUGGCUCUCAGUGUUCUUGAACUUUUUCAAGAAGGAAAAGGAGGUCUAUCUGUAUUGAGAACAUUCCGAUUGCUAAGAAUUCUGAAACUUGUCCGUUUUAUGCCAGCUCUUCGAUAUCAACUUGUUGUUAUGCUUCGAACAAUGGAUAAUGUCACUGUUUUCUUUGGACUUCUUGUUUUAUUCAUCUUCAUUUUCAGGUAAUAAUUCAUUCCGAAAUUUAUUUUGACAACCCUAAAUAACAACUAAUUCAUAUUUUCCCAAAUCUAACAUUUUCAGUAUUCUUGGUAUGAAUCUAUUCGGCUGUAAGUUUUGCAAAGCAGAUGAAUCGAAUCCAAGUUUUCCGAAAAAAUGCGAGCGGAAAAAUUUCGACAGUCUACUUUGGGCACUGAUCACUGUGUUUCAGGUAAUAAUAUGUUUGAUUUUGAGAUGCAUGGUGUGAUUUUCAUUGUGAUAUUAUUUUGUGGUCGUUAUGUUGUGUUUCAGCACACUUGGAAUGGUUCUAUUCGGAUGCAAAUUUUGCAACAAUUUGGAUACUGGGAAACAAUGUUCGAUAAAAGAAAUAGACAAAGGGAAAUGCGAGUGUGAUCGGAUGAAUUUCGAUAACUUUUUAUUCGCCACAGUCACAGUAUUUCAGGUAUUCAAUGUUGUUUUCUUUCUGAAUUUUGUUGUGAUUUUCGAGUGAAAUUUUGUAAUUUUUUUUUUCGAAAAAAAACAAAAAUCUUUUAGAUCUUAACACAAGAAGAUUGGAAUAUGGUAUUGUUCAAUGGAAUGGCACAAACGAAUCCUUGGGCUGCAUUAUAUUUUGUGGCGCUAAUGACUUUCGGAAAUUAUGUCUUGUUCAAUCUUCUGGUUGCUAUUUUGGUUGAAGGUUUCCAAGAAAGUAAAGAAGAGGAGAAACGACAGUUAGAGGAAGAUGCCAAAAAGAAAGCUCACGAAGAAGAGGAUGAGAGAAAGAGGGAAUUAGAAUUGUUGAUUGCAAAAUCACAAUCUCCGGCGUUUAGCAACGGUGUUUUGCCAGCAGAAUGUUCUUGUCAGAAACCAUCUUCACCUGAUGAAUCAAAUUCUCCAAAAAUGUUAGCGAUUGGUUAUCAUGGAUCACCUGAAACAAAACGAUCUUCUGAUGUUGAUGCGAUAAUUGAUCGAAGGUUAAUACCGAGGAAUUCGUCACCGUAUUCAAUUCAGAAACAAGAAGAUAACAGAUUGAAUCGACAUGCUUCUCUUGUUCUACCUGUUCCAAAUGGUGUUCCAUAUAAGCGACAACGAGUUCAUAGUUGGAGUGGAUUAUGUCAUCAUUUUAAUCCAAAUUGUCCAGUUCAUGGUCGUCGAGCUUUGAUUGAAACAUAUGCUCGAGAAAAGUUUUUGGAAGCUAGUCAAGAAUUGAAACAAGCGUUGGCUGAAGAAGAAAAACGGAAUGAGGCAAAACAAAACACGUUUUUAAGAAAAAUCUUGAAGAAAACAUGUCUGUUCAAUAGAACUGAAUACUCUCUUUUUCUUCUUGGACCCAAGAAUCCAAUUCGGAUUCGAUGUCUUCAACUUACUCAAAAGAAAUGGUUCGAUUACACAAUUUUGUUUUUCAUUGGUAUCAAUUGUAUCACUUUGGCAAUGGAAAGACCAUCAAUUCCACCACAAAGUUUUGAAAGACGAUUUUUGCAAAUAUCUGGUUAUGUAUUCACGGUUAUUUUUACUGGAGAAAUGUUGGCAAAAGUGAUUGCAAAUGGUUGUUUCAUGGGUCACGCUGCAUAUUUCAAAGAUGGUUGGAAUAUUCUUGAUGGAAUUCUGGUUGUGAUAUCUCUCAUCAAUGUUUUAUUCGAACUUGUUGCAACUGGUGAUUCGCCCAAGAUUUUUGGUGUUAUUCGAGUUUUGCGAUUGUUACGAGCACUUCGACCACUUCGAGUUAUCAAUCGGGCUCCUGGUGUAAAAUUAGUUGUUAUGACGUUGAUCUCAAGUUUGAAACCUAUCGGAAAUAUUGUGUUGAUUUGUUGCACCUUCUUCAUCAUUUUCGGAAUCCUUGGUGUUCAAUUGUUUAAGGUGAGAUAUGAAUCUAAAUUGAAAAAUUCCUGGAUCAGAAAUUCUGAAAUUUAAAAUAAAUCAAAAAUUAUUUAUUUCUAGGGUAUGAUGUAUCACUGUGUUGGACCUGACGUCUCAGAUAUAAAAAACAGAACACAUUGUUUGAGCGAUCCACAUAACAAAUGGGUGAAUCAUAGAUAUAAUUUCGAUAAUCUUGGUCAAGCAUUGAUGUCUCUCUUUGUUUUAUCCAGUAAAGAUGGUUGGGUUUCGAUUAUGUAUCAAGGAAUCGAUGCAGUUGGCGUUGAUAAGCAGGUAUAUUUGAAAAAAAAAUUUCUCCCCGGCCGGGAAUUGAACCCGGGUCUCGCAUGUGACAGACGCGGAUACUCACCACUAUACUACCGAGGACACAUUUUCUUUCUCUCUUUUCUACAUGUUAUCAAAAUGUUUAUUUGCAGCCAAUCGAAAAUUACAAUGAAUGGCGAAUGAUAUAUUUCAUAUCAUUUUUGCUUUUGGUUGGUUUCUUCGUAUUGAAUAUGUUUGUCGGAGUCGUUGUUGAAAAUUUCCAUAAAUGUAAAGAAGCAUUGGAAAAAGAGAUGAGAGAAAAAGAAAAGGAAAAACGAUUGAAACGAAAACUCAAACGACAACAAUAUGAAGAAAGUAUGGCUGGAAAACAGAAGAAAAGUGAGUUGUUUUCGUGUGAAUGUAGCUGACACCAUUUUUUGGUUUUCGGUAUUAUUUUCUUGGUUUUUGUACUAACAUUUUCUCUUUUGUUUAUAGAUCGAAUCGUGUGGGCAGGUACCGCAAUUAAAUCUAUGUUUUCAGUCGAACGGAACUAUCCGUAUUAUCAUGAUUAUGGUCAUACUAGACUUUUUCUUCAUGGAAUUGUUACCUCGAAAUAUUUUGAUCUGGCGAUUGCAGCGGUUAUUGGUGAGAUUCUUUUUUCUUUGAAAAAAAAAACAAAAAUAUUUUUAGGUAUCAAUGUUAUUUCGAUGGCAAUGGAGUUUUAUAUGAUGCCAAAAGAACUGAAAUAUGUGCUCAAAGCUCUGAAUUACUUCUUUACUGCAGUUUUCACAUUAGAAGCAGCUAUGAAACUAAUUGCUCUUGGUUUCAAACGUUUCUUCAUUGAAAAAUGGAAUCGGCUUGAUAUGUUUAUUGUUAUUCUUUCAAUUGCUGGUAUCAUUUUUGAAGAAUUCGAAGCUCUGGAAUUACCCAUCAACCCAACAAUCAUCCGAGUUAUGAGAGUUCUGAGAAUCGCAAGAGUUCUGAAACUGCUGAAAAUGGCAAAAGGUAUACGAUCAUUGCUGGAUACUGUAGGAGAAGCAUUGCCGCAAGUUGGUAAUCUUGGAUCACUCUUCUUUUUAUUGUUCUUCAUAUUUGCUGCUCUUGGUGUGGAAUUAUUUGGAAAACUGGAAUGUUCUGAAGAUCACCCAUGUGAUGGUUUGGGAGAACAUGCGCAUUUCAAAAAUUUUGGAAUGGCAUUUUUGACUCUAUUCCGGAUAGCAACAGGAGAUAAUUGGAAUGGAAUUAUGAAAGAUGCACUUCGAGAUGAUUGUGAUUCUUCAGAUCAUUGUGAAACAAAUUGCUGCGUUGAUCCGAUUCUUGCACCUUGCUUUUUCGUUAUUUUCGUACUUAUUUCUCAAUUUGUUUUGGUCAAUGUUGUAGUUGCAGUUUUGAUGAAACAUUUGGAAGAAAGUAAUAAACGAGAUGCAGAUCCAAUUGAAACAACAGGUUUGUUAUUUUUAACUUUGCCCUUCCAAGAAAAGUCCUUUUUUGCAGGUGAAAACAUGGAAAAUGAGAUCACAAAAUCAGAUGAUGAUGAAGCUGAGCCUGGAACAGUUCUAGGUAUUGAAAAUGUGAGAAAUAAUCGGGGAGAUGAGAAUGGAAAUGAUGAAAAUGAAAAUGAAGAAGAUGAAGAUAAUGAAGAGGACGAAGAAGAACAAGAGCUUCCAGAUGGUCAUGGUGGAAUAAAACGGUUAUCUGUACAGGUUUUGGAGCAGGAAUUAAUUGAAGUUGAACGGAAUAUUGAAGAAAGAAUGAGACGAGAAAGCGAGUUUUAUGGAGAACUUGAACCAUUGAAUCAAGGUAAAAUAAUAAAUCAAUAUUUUUUGGGUACAAAGCUCAUUUGAACUGUAUAAGUUUUUUUAAGAAUCAUUUCAAAAUUAAUUUUAAACUUUUUCAGAGAGUGAGGACUUCGAAACGCACGAAUUCAGGCCGCGCAGUAAAUCAUACAAACCAAGAACCAGGUAACUUUCAACACCAAAAAAGGCCCCUGAAAUUUUCAAACAAUUAUGUUUUACAGAACUGAUAGUGUUUUGAGUGAUCGAAGUCGUGCAUCACACAAAUCUGCAUUUUAG